AUGGCUGCAAUCUUCCAAACACUGCUUCCUAUUUGUUCUUCUUCAAACUCAAGGCAGACUCCAUGGAACACUCCAUCCAGACUCAUCUCAGAUUCUAUGGCCUCUUUGCCUAUUUCACACUUGUAUAGGCAGCAAGGCCAAGUAGCUGCCUCAGUUGCCUUCAACCCUUCUGGGAAUUUUGACAUAUCUGUCUAUGAUGAUGAAGAAGACGCACCUAAGGUUGAGCCUCCAAUGCCACCAAGUGAAGGCAGAUUUGAGAUUAUUAUUGACAAUGAUAUAAUUCGUCGCCUCGACUUAACUGCAUUUCAUACUGCAACUGGCAUUACCGAUCCUUCAUCAGCCAAGCCGAAAGAGUACCUUGAGCGUACAAUUGGCUUUACAAUUAACUACACGAGAGAAGAUCCUCGCGAUCCUCGAGAGCUAUCUGAGUUUCCAGAUAUAAGACUAUGGUUUCUGAGACUUGAUGCUGCCUAUCCUUGGUUGCCUGUGCUCUUGGAUUGGCGAGCUGGAGAGCUAGCUCGUUAUGCUGCCAUGUUGGUGCCACAUCAGAUGAAUAUGAGGAUGGGUGUUGUGUUCAAUCCUGAGGCACUAGAACUGUUUGUUAUGCACAAAGUUUUUAUCGUGUACUUGUGGCUGAAGCAACAUAACAUUCCAAAGCCAAGAUUGAAGACUAGUGACAUGGCUAGAAUGCUUGGAUUCGGUAUUGGAGAUGAGCUUUACGAUUUGAUUGAUAAACAUCCUAUUUCCAAAUCAUAAAAACACAAAGCCUAAAAGUCCCAGCUUAGUGUAAAUUUUUGAAUUGUUACAGUAUAUAGGAGCUGCUACUUACAUCCAUGAGGAAAUCAUUCAUCAGAGCCACACCGAUUCGUUUAAGAUUUUAAC